GCGCGAUGGCAGAGGCUAGUCUGCAAGCACAGACUCAAAUUUGAAACUUUAAACAAAAAAAUGUCUAGAAAUGAAGACUUGACUCCAAACCCUCUAUCUGUGUGUCUUUUUGGUAGUACCAUUCAAAUUACAUACCGGAUCUUGUCUCACUACUUCAGAAUCUGUAUUAUGCACUAGUUUUGUGCGAAAUGCGAAAAGGAAAGGUCUGUGUCCGCAGACUAGAAAAGAGAGAAAGAAAGGCAUAUUCACUCAAUCAUUUCCAGAACAGAAUGGCAGACCACGAAGAUCUGGAAUUCAACCCAUUCUACAAAUCUCUUCAGUCUGGAUACAGGAGCCAAUUUGAAGAUGCUCAGGCCAAGAGAUUCCUUGUAUGUAUACCGCAGACUGCUUCAUUGGUGGGAGUCAACAUAAACAACAACUUUCUUGAGACUCAUCUUCUGAAGCCAUCCCCUAUGCUAAAAGAUCACUACAUCAGUACAGAUAAGAAUGGUUCAAAAACAAUUAUUGUAGACGAGGCCUUUAUCUUAACAACAGAAGGCUUCAGCCAACCAGGAAGAAUACGCAUACUAUCAGAGGAGUUGGGUUAUAAUAAGGAUUACAAGCCAUUCAAGAUGUUGAUUAUUGAGAAGCCUUUGGAAGGUGCAGUCAAGGGAAGGAGAGGAUCUGCAGGAUUAUCUGAUGAGUUUCUUACUCCCAGAACAAGGUUUCUUGAGAACAAGCAGUUUCUAGGUAUGUUUCCCGAGAAUCGUCACAAUCUGAAAUGCCUUGAAGAAAGUAUACAUCAAUUCAACCAGAACUACAUGAUUGUACAGGGUUACUUGAAAGAUGUUGCUAAGAAACUCAGAAGAAUGUGUGAAGAACACAAGCAGAUGUUUGCUGAAGCUAAUCGCUACAUCAAGCUACAGUCAGAUGGCAGGCUGGAAGAAGUAUUAAAUGUAGCAGUGGAAAGCUAUGUUAUGGGCAGUGUCCAUGCAAAGGUCUUCAAAGCAAUCAGUUCAGAGAAGACUCCAGAAGAUGUCCACAUUUCUGAUAAACUACACCAGCUACAAGGCAUCACAGGGGAAGAGCUUGGGGUUGCAGAGGAGUUCUGCUGCCCUCUUCCAGCAUCUGUUGUUGAGUUGGCAAGAUUAGAUGGAAUCAACACUCCUCAUGAAAAACUCACCUGUCUUCAUUCAACUCUGGAAAACAUCACAGAAGAGGUGAAUAUCCAUUUAAGAGAGAACCUAGCACCAGGUCAAAGUCCUCAAUGUCUUACAUCAGAUGAUCUCCUUCCACUACUAGUUCUUGUUAUCAGCCAAGCAAAGUGCAGACACCUGGCAAGUAAUUUAUAUUAUCUUGAAAACUUCCACUGGGCUUCAUCAAAGCAUGAUAAUCUUGGUUAUGCAUUGGUAACUUUCACUGCUGCUAUGGAGUAUAUAAAGAACACAGACUUCUCAAACAUGAAGACAAAUAACAACAAAAUUAAGAAAGAGAUGAGCAUUGAUGAACUCAUGGCUGCAUCCAAAUUUGCCUAUGCCAGCACCACCAGCGGAGAUUCCACGCCUACCCAGGUAACCUAUGAUCAAUCAUCUAAUGAAGCACCCUCUACUGUUGAGCAGCAAUCAACAUACCAGAUGAAAACCCUUCAAAUGCAACUUGAUAAUAUCAGCAGAAUGAUGGAGUCUUCCUCAAUCUCAUCAGGUCCUACCAGUGUUUUUGGAGGUUUUGAUGGUGGGACUGGGUCUAGAGAGGCAGGAGCAAAGGGACCUCCACCUGAUGUCAUCCCAGCCUCAGAACAUAGACCAAACAGAACUCAGCUAGGUGGAUUCUUAGCUGCUCUACAGAGUGAUGUCCUUGACUGUUCAUAUGGCAAACAGGAUUAGACUUAAGGACGUUCCACAGUUAAAGUGAAAUCCAUGUCAUUUUCACCAAACUUUGCACAUAGAUACUUUAGAACCUUAAUAUUCGAAAUAUGCAAAAAUUAACAUAGGUCCAUGUGCUUGAUUUUUUGUUAUAGAGCUUCAAAGUUCACCCAAAUUGAUGUUCUUAAGAAUUGCGCAUUCAAAAGAAUUUGGCAUUUUUAGACCGCCCAAGAUUACUACAAUGAGUUUUAACCUCUAUUACUCAGUCAAAAUACAUGAAAAAGUCAUCAAAUUUCGCAAGAGAGUUAAUAAUUGUAUCGUUAGAAUGGAGAAUCUAUUUAUAUUGCUAUUUGUUUGCAAUUUUAAGUUUAACAGCACUGUCAGUUCUUACAAAUGGCGUAAAAGAUAACAAAAUCCCAAUCUAAAAAAUGUAAAAAUCUCAGUAACAAACUACAAACGUACAAUAAAUGCUGCACUUUAUUCAAAAUCCAUGUCAUUUUCACCAAAAGUUGCAGAGUUGUAGAGGAAGGUAUACCUAAGAGGUACAAACAUUAAAAAAUAGGGGUUCAUGUGCUUGUUUUUAAACUAUUAGCAUUUUUAUUAGAGCAAAUGUGCUUUUUAAAACACCAAAAAUGCGCCGAAUGCUUAGUAUCUAUGUGAAGAAAAAAUCAAAACCACUCUACCAUUUAUUCAAACUCGGGGUAAUAUUCGUGAUUCUUGGCAGCACUGCAAAGUAAAGUAUUUUGAAAUUGUAGACAAUUUUUUUUUUAAUGGUCCAUGGAAUAAUUCAAUUUUUUAGCUUCAUGAAAUAACGCAUCGGUUCUGCAGUUAAAGUGUAGAAGAUGAGAAAAAUCAGCUCAUACCCCCCUCAUACCCGCAGCUAAUCAAUCACCUGUUCAUCCAUUGUGACGUCAGCGCGCAGAGUGUAAACUAUGCGCAGACCAUAAUGCGCACAAACAUAACUGUGGAACGUCCUUAAGAAGCAGGUUCUAGGGAAAGCUCAACUCCAUGUUAUAGUCUACUUGAAAUAGUAUGCAAUACAAGAUGGACAUUAUUCAGAGGUUUAAGUCUGGUCAUAGCAAGUAUUUGACUUGAAUUCCAGAGAAGAAGAAUUGUGUAAAGGAAACUUGACCUUUCUUUUAUAUGGACCUGCUUCAUCGGAUUGACACGAAGCUAUUACUGAAGACUAUAGACUAGACUAAAAAGAAAAGGAGUUUCCAAUGAAUGGCAGAACCAGUUUAAUAGAGGAAUCUCUUACUAAGACUGGAUGUUUCAAGGGUCUUGAGUUAUUUGAGAUAUUUCAAAGGCUUUGUCAUGUACUGUAUAGCUCAAGGAGUAAAAGUAAUGUUACAAACUAGGUGAAUUUUGCAUUUAAUACCUACUUGUAUGCCUCCACCAUUGUCAGAUAUAUAUUACAAAACUAACUUUACUGAUCCUAACUUCUAAAUUUUUCAAAAGUGACCUCUGUGACCUUGAAACCCAUGACAUUCAACUGUGGCAGAGUGUAGCAUGAUACAAACUGUUGACAAAUAGAAUGUAUACAUUCAUAUUUAUACAUAACAAAGAAGGAACAUUGAUUUCCCUCUGGGCAUUUGUUGGUAUGUAAAAAUAAUGGUUUGUGAAAUAUAAUUUGUGUGGCCUAUGUAUAUCCAGGGAAAAGUAAUAUUUUCUGAAUUGGGGCUGUUGAUCCUGCUUCUGUACAUUACAAAGUACAAUUUGUAUGAGAGUCAUUGUAAUUCAUGAGGGCUAUUUUGCAACUAAUGAGCCUAUUUUGGACACUGGAGGGAUUCAGCACCCUUUUUAUUUUUGCCGGAUUCAACGCUUUCAUAGCAAAGUUAGGCUAUGAGUUUUGCAAGCAAUCACAAUGACCCUUUAUCAUGAAUAUGUCUCAAUAAAAAAGAGGAAACCUAUGAGGAUGAAAAAAUAUUUCAUGUUGUAUAGGAAUGAGAGUUUAUUCAAGCAACUGAGGGUCUGUUUCAUAAGCUGAUCAUAAAGCUAUGCAUGAUUAUAUAACUGAAUAUAAAUUCCCAGAAUCUUACCAAAGUUUUCCCAACAUAUAUCAACAAAAUUGUGUAAACAUGCAUAUUUAACAUAUUUUUGUUAUAUAUUUGCUUAAAUGAUGGGAACUGUCUUAUUUCUUAAUCAUGUCAUCUUCUGCAAAUAAGGCUCAGAUUACACAAGAAACUUCCAGAAGAACCCUAUGGCGGACUGUGGACCCUUGGGGCAAGGGUCCAAUUGAAAAAAUGUUGGCACCUCUUUUUCAACAAAGAAGCCAAGAAUGUCCAUUUUUGCUGUUCAGACAUGUUGAUCAGCAUGUGCAUGUGUCAGCUUUAGAUUGAUAACUACAUGUAUGUAUUUUGUUUGUCAUUCCAGUUGUUAUUAUAUUAUCAGGUAUGUGUAACAUUGUUACAAACAUCUUUAUGAAAUACCUCCCUUGUUGGUAAUAAUAAUAAUAAUAAUGGUGGCUACUUAUAUAGCGCACAGGUCCACCUUUCGGUGCUCAUGGCGCUUCAAGGAAAAUAAACACAAAACACAACAAUAGAAAACAAAAAAGAAUAGAAUUUGAAUUCUCCUGAAUAAACACAUGGUGUAUGUCCAUGCUUGCUUCUUUCAGAACAGAUGAAAUAGCAUUUGAUUAAAGAAAACUUGACAUAAAUGCACAUCGAUUGGAUUAUCAGUAGAUGGUACAUAUUGCAGGGGUGUAAGUGUUAAGAUUUUUAGCUAAUUUCAACUUUUAGGGGUAUGGAUUUUCAGCUUAAUUUCAACUUAUUUUAGCUUUCCCCUGUACAAAAAUAUUUGAGCUCUUUGAAUUUGAGGGGGGGGGUUCAAUACUUCUCAGCUUUUUUUUCUGUUUAUUUUAGUUGUGAUCACUCGCACCCCUAUUUAUGUUAACCUUCUGGUGAAUACCAUUGAUUCAUGUAAUGUUUUAGCACCACUGGACUUUAAUCAGUAAGGUGAUUUUCAAUUUGGUCUGAAAUCAUGGUUAAUGCAGAUUUCAUGAUGCACUCAUUACGCUUAAAUUAGCCUGUAUAGUAAGAGUCCAUAGUGACUGCAUGCUUUUCUCACAGCUGCACUAAAGUCGUCCCUUUUGAUAUGAUUGAGCAUUGACAAAAAGCACACAUUGUAUUUUAUCUGUCUAUGCCCCAAAUCAGCAUAAGUGGAGGAUAAAAUUUGCAUAAACCAUCAUGGAUUCAGACAACAUUCAAAACCAGCUUUGUGAAUUUGGAACCAUUUAGUUUGGUUUAUUUGAAGACUGAAAUUGAUUUAUGAAGCAAAGUGCAUGAUUAUGUGCUAACAAUAUAAAUUAUCAGUAUUUUCUUUGGCAUACAUGUAUUUUUGAAAACCAACUGUGCAAAAAGCAAUGCUACUCUUUUAAUGUGCUUUUAUUGAUGUGAACCGAAAUGGUUGCAAAAACAAAGCUUGCAUGAAAUGACUAUAUUCAUUGUGAUAGAAAAGUAUUAUGAAUGGAUAGAUAGAAAUCUAAUUUAUUGGAAAGUUGCAAUAGCUGAAUAUUUGUGUGAUCAAAUGUAUUUUCUGUUGUCUUGUUUUGUAAAGGAAAUGUAAUUUCAUGACUAUUACUUGUUAAUUGCAUUGUGUAUGUUUAAAUUCCAUGCCCAGAACCACACAUUGAUUUGAUCUUUAAUACCUUCACCAAAAGAUAGUGUAAGUGGUAAUAUUAGUAUUCAUUUUGAUUGAAUGAUGCAUGUUACGGAAAAGCAAAAAUAAACUCAACUGCUGGCCUUUGUAAUUUUGAUGGAUGACUGGUGAUCCCUGAAUGAUAUUGCUGUAAAGCAGCGUUGAGUAAUUUUGCAUUUAAAAUUGACUUCACGCAAUGGAACCAUGCAACAUAAAGAGAUUUACAACUGAUUGUAACUUUUUGUACAUAAUUAACAAACUUAUUUAUAUUUUAUUUUAGAGGGCCCAAGUCUCUCAUCACAUAAUACUAGGUUUAUACCCAUCUAAUAUAAGUGUUCUCUUAACUAAACUAACAGCAUUUUUUAAAGAAAGGUUUUAUAUUUCAAUAUAGUUGAUACGUGUUCAUUGAGUUAUAACAGUAUAAAAUCGAUGAAGGACACUCUUUCCUCAUUUCAUUUCAUCAAUUCUCAUCUUAUUUAAUUACAUGUGUACAAUUAUUCAAUAACAUAAUUAUGAACAUUUCUGUUGUGAGCUAUGUAGUUUAUUUAACAUUAAAGAUAUGCUUGAUAUGAAA